UUUUGGUCGGCCCGUCAGCCGCUUUUAUGUUGAAUAUUGAGAGUUGCUGUAUUGGAAGUUCGGACUGUCAAGGGUUCUUUCCCCAGUCUUAUCUCGGAUGGCUUUGAGAAGUCCGGUUGAGCUGGCCAUGCAAUACUUUGCAAUAAUACGAUGCGAUGCGAUGCGAGGCUGUCUAGUUGACCGGUCUGCUACACAAUUGGCCGCUCGGAUUUACGCGUGUCGCUUUGAUUUGCUUCUCUCCACGGGCUGAUCUGAGCUGGGGCGACUUCUUCACCGGCAUAUGCGCAAUGUGGGGCAAUUUUUCUAUUGCGGAGCGAAGCCAUCGGACGUCCCUAACAGAGCCAGAAAGCCAUACUCCGUACAUCAUCACUUGGCUUUCGUCGCGGUUACGAUGGGGUGGAAUCCAUAUUUAGGUAGGUUUCCCACCGAAGUAUUUUGCAGAGGUACAGUACGAAGAAUCCCCUCACAGUUCCUGCAUUCUUCUUGUCGCAAGCAUGCAGCUGUUCGCAGUCCUUCUUUUCGGCUUCUGCCAACUUGCUCUUGCUAAGACUGUCGUUUACGACUGGAACAUCGGAUGGGUUUCGGUUGCUCCUGAUGGGUUUGUCCGGCCCGCUAUUGGCAUCAAUGGCCAAUGGCCUUGCCCUCAGGUCGAUGUAGACCUGGGCGAUCGUGUAAUUGUGAACGUUUACAAUGGCCUUGGAAAUCAAUCGACUAGUAUUCAUUGGCACGGAUUUCAUCAGAAUGGUACAUCAGAGAUGGAUGGUGCUGUUGGAUUCUCUCAGUGCCCGAUUCCUCCGGGACAUUCAUUCACAUACGAUUUCAAUGCAAGUCAAGCUGGCACUUACUGGUACCAUUCGCACGAUAUGGGACAGUACCCAGACGGGCUUUGGGGACCUCUCAUCGUUCAUGAUCCUAAUCCGCCAUUUCAUUUCGACGAGGAAAUCACGUUGACGCUGUCUGACUGGUACCACGAGCAAAUGCCAGACCUUAUCUACACCUACCAGUCCGCCGCUGGCGAAGCUGCAAACGGAACACCAAUACCAUCGGGUGGCGCUCUUAUGAAUUCCGGAAAAGACGUCAAAAUCUACGUGAAGCCUAACAAAACCUAUCUCGUACACGUGAUCUGCCCCGCCAAUUAUCCCGGACACGCGUGGUUCUUCGACCAGCAUCAAAUGACCACAGUUGAAGUGGACGGAGUAUAUGUCGAGCCUGUCAAUGUCAAUGCUGGACUCAACGGGACGAUGAAAACUCGUGUCGCGCCAGGGCAGAGAAUGGGUGUCCUUAUUAACACGAAGAAUGAUACGAGCACGAACUAUGCGAUUCUUGAUAUAAUGGAUGUCAACCAGCUGUUCAUAAAUAAUGGCAUUGUUCCGCCGCCUUCUGACUACAAUACUAAUGUUACUGGAUACCUCAUCUACAAUGAUAGCGCACCUCUUCCGCCGACACCAGUGCUCUACUCGUUGGACGAUUCGGAAUUCUUUGAUGAUCUCGACUAUGUUCCAUUGGAUCGUGAGCCUGUGUUAGAGCCGGUUGACCACCAAAUCAUCCUUAACACAAAUAGCGCGAACAUCAGCGGUAUUUCUCGCUUCGUAAUCAAUAACUCCACAUACCUAGAACAAAACGUUCCGUCCCUCUACACGGCUGGGACAGUCGGCGACAACUACUCCUCCAAUCCGCUAGUCUACGGCCAUGUUAACCCCUUUGUUGUGAAGCACAAUGAGGUCGUCGAGAUCAUCAUCAACAAUCUCAACACCAACCUUCAUCCAUGGCAUCUCCACGGCCAUCAGUUCCAGGUUCUCGAACGUACCCAACCGAAAGGGGGUAGUUGGCCCGGAACUUACGGAAACUACUCGAAAUACCCUGCGAGACGUGACACAAUAAUGCUGGAAAACGAGGGGUAUGCUGUUAUUAGGUUUAGGGCAGAUAAUCCUGAUAAGUCCCCCCUCUCGAAACGAAGAAGUAUGGGUAAGCUAACAUAAGCUACGGGUGUGGCCAUUGCAUUGCCAUAUUGAAUUCCAUACCGUUUCUGGGUUCGUGGCGACCAUUAUCGAAGCACCCGAAUUGCUCUCCGAUCUCCAGAUCCCGCAAGAUCAUAUCGAUGCUUGCAAGGCUUAU